AUGACAUUGUGCGCACAGUCUCCGAGUCACUGGGACGAGCUCCCCCAUGAGAUCCUCCUUCAGAUCUUGUGCUACCUUGAACCUCACCAAUUGCCCAAACUUCAACUUGUUUCACGAAAUUUUAGAGAUGUUGUUCUAGAUGAUGAAUUGUGGAAACGUCACUGUUUUGAGCGUUCAUCAUGGUAUGCUUUUCUUCGAAAUCGCAGAAAGGUCUUUGCAUCUCUACCCGAGUCGUCUUUAAGUAAUGCCACAGAAGCUGAAGACGAAAAUGGCUCUCUACUUGACCAAUAUGAUUCAUGUAGAUUUGACAAACGUCAUUACCAAUUUCUUCAAGAUAUGGCAAACUGGGAUCCGGCAUUUCCUGACGAGCAUGUCUCGUGGUACAACGAAUACAUCCAGCGCCAGGGACCACCAGCCAUCAACUGGCUUGAGACGCCACACUUGAAACAAGGCAGUAUGGAGCAUUUCAUCGAGGUCAGAGGUAUGGCACUAUUCAGCCCCAAUCAUGGCGAUGAUGGCCUCGGCAGUUUGUUGGCUGUCUCACCACUCGACGACGGGUCUGUAUGCCUUUGGGACGUCAAUGGCACCAGGGGUAAGAGAGGGGGUAUCAUCGCGACCAGUCAACCGGAUAUUCUCUUCUUUGACGGCCGUGGAGAUCAGAACACGAGGCGGUCCAAAAAGAUCGACACAGGUGUCACUGAAUGCGUCAGUGUUAAUAACAGCAACAACAGGGCUGUCUUUGCUGUGCAGAGUCAUCUUAUUGAAGUCGACCUUAGCCGCCUCGAAGUUGUAAAUCGACACUCCUUCGAGUGGUCCAUCACAACUUUAUCACAGAUCCAGGAUGGUAUCCCGAUGACUGUUGGCACCUCAUUGGGUAUUCACCUUCAAGACUUCAGGGCGCCCUCACAAUUUCAUGAAGACGUUGUGGAGAGACUAGAUGUUCCCGGGGAGGAGGACAAUCCUUUCAAGGGCAUCUUUGAUCCGAAUCCAUUGCCCCCGUACGCCUCAUUGUCUCAACCAACGCCAACGAGCAUUCUACACCUACCAAGACCAGCCGGCGACAACGCAGUGUCGGACGACAUUUACGUGGCGGGGAGAUUCUCCAAUAUUCUUCAUUACGAUAGGCGCCACUUCCCAAAGAUCGUGGGGUCCAUCUACUCGGGUUCAAGGUUGUCCAGUUUGGCGGCGUUACCUUAUCCAUUCUCUACGUUGGAUCACGAAGUACGACGUCGUGGAGAGCUCACGGCUGAAAGAGUCCAUGAGUGCAAGACAGCUGGUAGCGGUCGAACUCUAAUCGCAGGCGGAGAGUACAAGACCAAAGGCUCGCUCGAGGUAUAUGGGCUGGACACCGUGGACCUAUCAAGCGAUGGGCCAAUGCAGCAGAACUCAACUAUGAAGAAUCGCUAUACUGCAGCUUCAUCCAUCAUCUUGUCGGUGAUCAACCACGGAACCAAGGUUGCAUUCUCAGAUGGAGCCGGGCAGAUUAAGUGGUUUGAAAGGGACGGAUAUACAGAGUGCCGUCGAAUCAAGGUUGGUCACAGUGACGUGCCCACUCAAGCAUCACUCUUCGCUUCCAUGCCAGGGUCCGACGAUCUCGCAAGGAAGAUCCUAUCCACCAAGACAAGGCAAGAUCGUGACCGACCAAACGAAGAUAAUGUCCUCUUCUGGACAGGAGAUAAGCUUGGUAUGGUAAGUUUCACAGGAGAUGCCCUGUUCACGCCCGACGAUUUCCGGGAAAAUACAGAGGAGAUCACGGAAGAAGAGCAUCAGCGCCAGAAAUACUCUCAUAGGAUGCGGAAAGCACUGGAGAAGCAGGCCGACGAUGCUAGAAAAAUAACUCAAUCUCCAAACAAUUGUGACUCUGAGUGCCGCACGAUAUCACCGUCACGAGACACAGUGAUCGUCGGUGGAGAAAGUGCCUUUUGGGGUCGAAACGUUGGUGAACACUGA